UCGACGACGUCGUUGGUUUCGUUUACAGUGUUCUAGAAGGGAAGUUUCGUUUAUGUAGUGCACGAUUGUGCACGCUUCCCAUGACGAAUAGCUGACGUAUUUAUUCCUUAGUCCUUGUGUGGACGCCUGACAUGGCUUCCCAUUUGGAAAUCAGUGAAGAGCACCAAGAUGUGGCACUUAGCUAUCUGAAGUUUGCAAAGUUCCAGAGGUCACAGCGUCUCAAGGUGGUGGCCAGGUGCUUUGACGAUCUUAAGGAAUCUAGAUUGAUGGAAGAAACCUAUACUGCUGAUGAAGUUCGUGACAUUUUGAAUGCCUUAUGUUCCGUUCUGACUGCGGAAAUGGAAAGUGAACUCAUUAAUUCCGCGCACACAAACGUCCUCCUGCUGCAGCAGUUAUUUAAACAAGCGGAGCAGUGGCAUUUGAAGUUACAUGUUGACGUGUCGGAACUGGAAGAUGGGAAUGCAAUUGAGCAAGUCCGAUAUUUCGAAGAUAGCAUAUCACCUUCAAAAGGGGAGACAAUCCAAUCAUUUCAGACCAGCAAAUCCAAUAAACUUGAUCCUCUAGAAGACAAUCAAGGCCCAAUUGGGCUGCUGAAAAAGGAAAUAGAGAAACUGAAGUCUGAAAAUGAAGUACUCCGUGCUCGACUGAAAGGUGUGGAAGGACAGGCUUCUCAAAUUUUGAAGCAGAAGUCGGAAAUAUCUGAGAUCCUUUUUGUGAAAGAACGCGAACUAGACGGCAUCAAGAAGAGCCAGGAGGAAGAGAUUGAUGAAUCUCUAGAACUGAUGGAAGACAAGAUGAACAAAGUGAAAGAGGAGAUGGAAGAGAGUCUUCGUAAGAGCAGCGAAACACAGAAGCACUUAGAGAAAGGUUUGACCCUUACGAAGCAGAAACUCCUCGAAGUACAAGCACAGCUGGACCUCGCAGAAAAGGAGCUGGAGAAAAAGUUCAGCCAAACGACUGCAUACAACAACAUGAAAAAAAUGCUGGUUGCCAAAAACGACCAGAUUAAGGAACUAAGAAACGCUCUCGCUGUGUAAGUCUUUUCGUACAAAGAGGGAGAAAAUUGAAGGUACAGUUGCGGCAGGAGCAAUACUGUAGUCGUGCUACGAGUAGAAACGUGAAGUACCCUUCGCGCUCACCACAAAUUUGAAAUUACUGAAAGCUGCGGCACAUUCGUAUGAACACCUACGUCUCCUGGAUCUAGUAAUUCAGAUGAACACAGAAAUAGCAGGAAAAAUGCACAGUUCCAGUGGACCACGGUUAUAAAUUAUUAGAAGUCAAGAGGAACGUACACUUUCAGGGGUGGUAAUUGUUGCGUGUUGGAAUCCAAUGUUUGCUCACAUUCAAUCGUCAGGAGUGGGUAGGAUGCCCUGACCUUAUAUCGCGGUACAAGUGAUGGAUAUUAGGGAGUUUUGGGGAAUCUUGAGCGCCCUCCAAUCGCUUACGACUUAAGGAUUGUUUAUACUCCGGCGUCAAGUCGACGAGCGAGAGCGUGCAAUGAGGUUGACUGCCGUCGAAGCGUUUAUACUCGGGCGGUAGACGAAGACGAAGCGUCCGAUUGCGCGCGAUUGCGUGGGGCGACGCUGUCUGCCGUUGGAGUAUAAGCAGCCCUUUACGCCUUACGACUCCCUGUGUACACCAAGUAAUCCUAUCAUUUGCUUUGGAGACAUCUGUUGUGGUGGCGCAUAUAGUGUUACCCCAUUUCGAGGGAGACCUACGAGGACGUCUGUUAUGUCUUUUGUGAGAAGGUAAUUUUAUGUCCCUGUAGAGGAGAUGUCGUCCAUCUACAUGAGUGCUGAUCGGCAAUGAUAGAAUGUGCUGUGGAGCUUCCCAUCCGUGGCUUCACUCCAGUGACUGGUGGGAGAUAUAUUUAUUAGAAGACAGAAGAAAAGAAAAAAAAAAGAAGGAAAGGUCUAUGCUUGGCUUGUGCCAUGGUGCAUCGGGUCGUCGUCGUCGUGCACGGGUCGCUACAUCACUCCACCCUCGGACGCGGAGCGGUGCUUGCGGUUUGGUACGCGUCGAUACCACGACGUGGAGAAUGAGGACGACAGAAAGACAAGGGACGACAGGGCAUAUGGUUUGUGGUAAUGUUAGUGGGUAGGGCAGAGCUGCAUGGUGGCAUGGGCAAAUGCCAUGUAAGCCUCGCGGGUUCCAGUACAGGGAUGAACCGGCGUGGGCUCCAGGGGUAGAGGGCGGGAGCAUCGCGAACGGUACAUGAGCGGUCAGCUCCAAAAGUUGUCGCAAAGGAGGUGCGGGGGAGCAUCAUCGCGAAGCAGGCGGAGGCCGGGAACGAAGCUCACGUGGUCUCCCUGUGAUCCUUCGGUAAAACAGAGAUGCUGGUUCCCCUUGUCUGCCAGCGGGGCUGCCGAAGAUGAGGACCAAUGGGGAAAGUCAGAUGGGAAGGUUUCACGGGCUGGGUUCCUUGACCGCUUGCGUUGGAGAUGCGUGUGGUACGGUCGACGCGGCGUACCGCAACCGGUACUGAAGCGCGUGGCUCAGAAAGGUGCCGUUGGUGGAUGCUCGGAUGCCUGGGAACGCCCAUGAUGGCGUCGUAUGUGGUCUUUCAAAUUUGGGAUGGUGAAGGGCCGAAUCCUCUAUCAUAACUGCGGUAUUCAUUCUCUGGGUCACCAAAUGUAGAUAUGAUGUCGUCCCACUACGCGAGUCCGGCAAUGAUGGAAUGUCUCGGAGGGCCGAACGUGCUGGGGAGCUCCUCAGCCCGUGGAGUCAUUCCAGGACGUUGCCAGUAGCCCGCAAAGGCCGUAGGGAGUGCAGAACGAGCUGCGGAGCUCGGAAGUAUUCGAUAUUUUGAUAUCGCUAACACAUAGAGAACAUGACAUUUCGAGUCACCAAUAUCAGUUGGUUAUCUAGCUGUUACGACAAAAAGCAGAUUUUACAUGGUAGUUUUCUGCUGAACAAAAGCCCCCCGUACAUGAGAGCGCUGCCUUUUCAGAGUCCAUGGGUUCCCAGUAGCUUCACUGGUCCAUCCCUCAGAAUGAGUGCACGCACCCUCGUCCGUCCCGUCGGUACCGCACCGGAGGAAAUGACUGCGAGCACGUGCUCAGGGGACGCUUGCCCACGACCGUUAAACUGCACAUAAAUCGCUUCUACUCCAAACCAGAGCAUUGCUUUCGAGUAUCAGCGUUAUGAAAGCGUCACUGAAAGACAGGCAAAAGCAAUUCUCCCAAAACUUUUCUUUCACCCCAAAAGAAACAAAAUGGUAUCAACGUGUUUUGCUUUGGCACCUUUUGGGUAGAAUUCGAGCAGCUUUCAUUAUUUACCGCUGUUUUCGUUCCUCUUCUAGAGGACCUUUCCAGUCGCCCAUAUUUUCAAUUUAACCGAGAUGCUGCUCGCGAUGUCUCCGUAGGCACCGUCCGAUGGAGGGUAAUCGAUGUAAAAAUGGAUCACGAUACGAGGUUCAGUCAUACUGCCCACCCCUGCCUGUCUGACUUGAUGAAGCUAUUCUUGAUGUUGGUAUCUUUAUUGUUAGUCCAAUUGUACCUGAUGAAUCUAUAGCUACAUGUUAAACACAACUGUUUUUGUCACUGUUAUUUACACUGUUCUCUGUGUGUGACAUCUUUUGUGUGAAUUUCCUAAUAGUCACACCCCACAACAAAAAAAAAGUCUUACGAUACGAUGUACCUGUUUAAUAAAUUCCACACAGCACGUGAUCAGAAUUUUGUUUUAAAACGUACGUUUUAUUAAAACAUUUCUUAUAAAACGUUGUCAGGUCUAUGCGAGGGACGGAACUAUAUGAAUGCCAUCUGUACACGGUCCAUUAUAUUAAAAAUUGACG